UGUAGCUUCAAGGCUCAGAGAUGCUGGGUCUUUCCAAAGGAUAAAGGUGCAGCGUAGCUGCAGUUACCUGCUUAGCUGGAUAAGCCUUUAAUCAUGGAAAGAAGGCUCCUAAAGAAGGAAAUGAAAAAGCUCCUGGGAGAUUAUAUUGGCAUCAGACUUCGGGAGAAUGAGUUUGACCCAAAAGGAAGAAGGCAACUCACCUUUCUAGAUGAUAUGGCACACUAUGACUUGGCCAUCAAUGUUGCUUUGCAAUGGCUGGAUCACUCAGAAGACUUAACUUGGCUGGAGUGGGAGAAAGUGAAAAUGUCAUUUCGGGGUAGACCCAUAUAUCCAAACCACAGAGAACGAGAAGCAAUGAUUUUAUCAUCUUAUGCUGGAAUCUUAAUGAACAGUAUCCCAAUUGAGGAAGUCUUUAAAAUUUAUGGGGCUGGCUCUUCUUCCAGUUCUGGUGCUGCCAAGGUACCCCGAGCUCCACCCCUCCGCCUCUCCUUGCACCCUUUUGCCAUGUUAACAGCACCCAAAGCCGCAGAAUAUGCCAGCAAACAGAGUGUCAAGCUAAGAAGGGCAGCAAUGAACAAAAAUACCACCAGCAGUUCUACAAGGAAAGCAAAUGCCAUGGAAUGGAAAUCAUCAAAAAAUUUAUCUUUGGACAUACAGCCGAAGGACAAAGUCACUUAGAAACUUGGAAUUGCACCAGGGGAGUUCAUAAUAAAGUCUCUGAAAGAAGGGAACCAUUAUCUUAAAACUGCAACUCUUGCCAGCAUAUUUCUCUUUGCAAUUAGCUUUUGAUGCAAAGUGCAUUGAAGUGUUAUUUUGGAUGUUGAGCUUUCUUAUCUUAGAAUCAUGUUAUUUGGUUAUAUUGUGGUUAAUAGCAAGUAUAUAUCUUAUGCUACUUCACUGUGACUGGAAGAUGGGUGGCUAGAGAAUUCUGAGAAUAUAUACCAUUUCUGUGUUAGAGUAGGCUGACUUUGCAGCACAUUUUACAAAUGUUUAGCACUGAACAUUGCAGAAUAGUGGAGUAGGAGGCAGUUUUCCAAAGUUUCAAUCCAAAAUAAAAUUAACCUUCAUCAAUUGCCUUUACUAUGUUCUCACAUGGAAACAUUUAAACUCAUUUCAAUAAAGCCUUAAAAGAAAAAUGAGUACAGGCUUUCUUUCAAUAGAACACAAGGACUACUAGAAAAAGAAAACAUUCUAGUCUUUCAACACCUUUUCAAAAUGCUGAUUAUAAAUUGAGUUUAGGGACGGGGCAGCCUGGUGGGCUGCCAUCUAUGGGGUCGCACAGAGUCGGACACUACUGAAGUGACUUAGCAGCAGCAGCAGUAGCAAUUUGACCAAAUGAACGUGAGUGUAAGUUAUGCCAUCUUAAGGUUUUGUUAACACAGAACAGUUUUCUUUAACAUGUGCCAAAACUGGCAUGUGGUUUGUUGACUUUUGUUCAAAGUGGUGGUGUAUUUCAAUGUGGCAUUGUGGCUGGAAAGACCAAGGCAGCCUUUUCCACACUGGUUCAAUUAAGGCUGUAACUAAGGUUGACCAGUAGACCUGCUGCAUUAGGUCUGUCCUCUGGUUCUUGUGUACACUGUUGAACUUCACGGGACUCUGCCCAGCUUUUCUUGGGGGCUGGGGUCUAACUCUGCCACAUGCAAGGGAACGUUUUUCUUUGUAGCUAUUGAUGCCUUUCCUCAUAACAUCUGCACCUUUGCUUUACAUGCUGCCUGAAGACUUUCACAGAUGGCAUUGUGGACAUAUUGCCAGCUGUAGUUGGAUGUCCUUUUAGAUUCCCUUCCACAGGUCAAGAACCAGGACCCACGUUUGAUCUCAUCUUUCUGCAUAUGUAUGGGACGACAAAGCAUGGGGAAUUGAGUCAUAUUCUGCCCCUGCAUAUCUGAAGAGUAUUUCUAAAGCAAUAGGCUGGCAGCAAGGGAAAAAGGUUCUCAAACAGUUGCCUGGGGUCUUCCUAUGAAACAGUGAUUCUUCAGGGAGGGGAAACUCAGGCAAAUCAUGAUACCAGUUUUGAAAACAAAAAGCAACCCUAGAAGACGGGUUGAGGGGAGAGGGGAAUGAAAGGAUCCUGGAUAUGUUCCUGCUUUUGGAGUGUCUCAGAGAGUCUUGGGAGACCUCUGUCAUUUAAGCCCAAAGGGAGAUGUUAAAACUCAAGACAAGAUGUGGCUAUUGAUAAAAUUUGCUGCCUUUCACUAGCACCUCACAGUUCAACAUUUACAGGUUGAUUUUAUUUUUUCACCU